CGUCACUCUUUUCAGUGUAGUCCAAGAUGGCGCUGCAGAGGACGGUAGCGCGGCUGAUGCGCUUCGGGACAGAUUUAGGGGUCAAAAACAAUGCGAGACAGUUUAAUACAGCAGCUGUAUUAUGUCGUCGGACCGCACCACUUGGUUCAAUGCCAAACGAAGACAUUGACUGGAAGAACUUGGACGCUUUGGAGAAAUACUGCAGCUACACGCGUUACCUAAAAGCGGCAGAGGAGGCCAGUAAUAAAGAAGUCUGGUGGAACACCUACAAGAAACACACUGAGCAGAAAUCUGAUGAAGACUUUAAGCCAGUGGACAUCGGCUUGCCUCAUUGCCGACCCUCCAGGUUAAAGGAAGUUCGGGAAAGGAGAAAGGUGAUGAAGGAAAACAGAAAGAACCCAGAGUUGGAGAGAGAUUCUCGUCUGCACACGUAUCGCAUUCCUUUGGAUGAAGUGAAGCAGGAAUGGGAGAAAACAAACGGUCCUUACCAUAUCAAGAGAUUGGCCGAGCACUACGGGAUAUACAGAGACCUUUUCCCUAUGGCCUAUUUUAUUCCAAGGGUAAUGCUGAGAGUGACGUAUGGAGACGAAAGCAAUGCCAUGGUGCAUUAUGGCAAUCAUUUAUCACCUAGUCAGGCUUCAUCAGCUGCUCAUAUUAGCUUCGAGGCUGAAGAGAAUUCUCUUUGGACAUUGCUUCUGACAAGCCCAGAUGAACAUUUGCAGGAUGGCGAGCAGGAAUAUGUACAUUGGCUAGUUGGUAAUAUCUCAGGAAAUGGUGUAUGUUCCGGAGACGAGAUCUUUCACUACAUGCCACCCAUUCCCCCCAAAGGAACGGGAUUCCACAGAUACGUCUUUAUCCUCUUCAAGCAGGAAGCUCUUGUUGACUUCAGUAGGGAUUUUAGACCAAACCCCUGUUACAGUCUGCAGCAGCGAAGUUUCAAGACAAUGGAUUUCUACAGGAAUCAUGAAGAUGUCAUUACUCCUGCUGGACUGGCAUUCUUUCAGAGCCAGUGGGACAACUCUGUCACCAGUACCUUUCACACAUUGCUCAAUAUGCGAGAGCCAGUGUUUGAGUAUGACUGUCCACCGGUGUAUCAUCCACCUCAGAAAAAAUACCCUCAUGGUCAGCCGCUGCGGUACAUGGACCGCUACAGAGGAGGAAAACAACACACGUACGGCAUUUACUAAUAGCACAUGCUGUACGUUUGUUAUUGUAGAAAUUUCUAAUAAAAUAUAUUUACACCAA